AUGAACAAUGUUCCCAGUUCUCCACCCCCUGGAUUUCUUCUGGACCCAGCAACUCCCUCAGAGAGCGUAGCACAGCCGAAAGGGAAACGACGGAGAACCACAAGAGAUGCGCCACAGAAACGCGCCACACGGGCUUGCGAUCAAUGUCGGAGAUUGAAAGAAAAAUGCGAAGGUGGAGUACCCUGCACACGAUGUGUUCGUUUCAAGCGCAUCUGUCGGUUCAAAGACUCUAUGCAAACCGAUUGUGAAAUUGCCAAUACCGCAGAAAUGCUAGAGCGGAUGGCAUACAUGGAACGGAUACUAAAACGCCAGCUCGGUGUAGCUUCUUUGGAUACGAGGAGCUUGGCUAGUCUCGCCAAUGCCAUUGCUGAAUCGGAAGAUGAUGAGGUCGAUACAGCCUCCUUAUCAGAUGAGGCGCAACUCUCAAUUGAAGACGAAGUCUGUACGAUCUUUCCCAUCGAGGACACUACUACUCAUUACUCUGGAGAGUUUUCUUACUUCAAUUUUUCUAUGCGACUUAAAAGCGUGAUUGAGGACCGGAUUGCUGGUUCAAUUACCGAGAGAACCGGGGCUCAAGACCAAGACUGGAAUUACUGGCGUGCCAAACACUUGCUCCCUGCCUCAAAUACUAUCUCCGUCGCACUUUCUUGUCUUCCACCACGUCAAGUAGCGGACUUUUUGAUAAGUAUAUUCUUCACGUACGCCGAAACACACCACUUUUAUGUCGAAAAGGCAUGGCUACUCAGAAAAGUCGACGCGCUAUAUACGUAUCCCUGGCAAUUUGGUAUGAAAGAUGUCGCAGUAAUCAGCAUCAUUCUUACUAUCCUUGCAAUUGGAACCCAGUAUGCCUACCUUGAUUCACCAGGUCGUAAGACGGCAGAAAGCAAUACAGGAUCGGUAUUUUCGGAAGACGAGCUUGGUGCCUUGUUCUACCGGGAGGCAAUCAGAUUUCUACCCGAGAUCAUUGAGUCGUCUUCCUUGGAAAGCGUUCAAGCUUGUCUACUCUUUGCCGCGUAUUCACUUCCAAUUGACGCUGGGGGUCUUGGUUAUAUUUAUAUCAACAUUACUAUUAGGUUGGCGAUGCAAAAUGGUAUGCAUAGGAAGUACACCGGUGACGAGUUGGGUGCUGCCAUGGUUGAGACUAGAAACCGGGUCUGGUGGACCACGUAUGUGCUAGAGAGGAAAAUAUCCAUCUUCCAUGGUCGACCACUUGCAAUGUGGCGAUCUGAUAUUGAUACUCAGUUACCGAAGGACUGGAAGGAUAUCACCCAUGCUCCAACCUUCAGCUAUAUGGCUGUCUCUAUUAGCCUUACCCAAUGGCUAGAAGAUUUCUUUCACGAAAUGUCUCAGUUACGAAACUGUCAAAAGCAGAACCUGUAUAAGAUCUUCUCUCACUUGAUGAUGAAGAAGAAUGAGUUAGAAGAGUGGUGGGCGAUGCUCCCAAGUGAAGUGCUCGACGGCAGAUCCCAGUCAAGCACCGAAUUCAGGUCAGCAAUGCAUGUUCAGCUUGAAUAUUGCUUGUUACGUAUGUUUCUUGGGCGUCCAUUUCUUCUCAGUCGCGUCGAAUCUUCACCAGAGCAUACCUGUUCGGAAGACGGUCGUGAAAGAAGGUCGCCGACAGAACGUAUCCAGAAGCAGAAGUCAGAUCGGAAGGGUCUCGUGGACUGUUGUAUCGGGUCUGCAAAGCAAGUCCUCGAUAUAUGUAGAACGUUGAGGUACAAUGAACCGGGCCUAGCAAGAGCAUCAUACAUAGAGUAUAGCUCAUGUCGAGCUGCCCUGCUAGUGUUGAUUGCAUACUCAAUCCAGAAUCAAUCAAACCAGUCCCGUCAACAUCUACGAGACGGGAUAGAUAUGAUCCGUGAGAUGUCAACAUCAGGAGACUCUGCCCGAUCAGAAGUUCGGCUGAUUGAAAUGCUUGAACGUGCCGUUGUUCGGUUGCACGUCUUCAAUCCGCAGCGACACAGAGACGGUGAGACAACAUUUUCGGACCAGAUGACUUCCGUCUCAGGCUACGAAAGCUUGAAGCAUUGGGAGGCAGUACGAAAGGGUAGCAGUAGGACAUUCGACGGUGAAUCUCGCGACUACAGCAAUGCAAGCCAGCUGUUAGCACCUCCUCGUACGGUAUCAGCGCGAACAUUCGAUAAUCAUACUACAUAUCGUGAACCUCAACAGGGACUCAUGGUGGGAGUGCUAAAUCAGAGUAGAGAUGGCACUACUCCUACGGUGCCUACAGACAGGGACCCCAACCUGAAUCUACUUCGACCCUUCUAUUCUCCCGCUGAGCUGGCGCUUUUCGGAGCGAGAGACAUGGCUACUUCGAAUUCAACGAUGCACCCCGAGGCACAGGUGCUAGACCAGUUUCUUGCGAUGUCAGAUCCAGGAUUCUUUCCUAGCCUUGGGCUUGGGGGUGGGAAUGGAUUAGGGUCUAUGGGCUUAGCGACCGAUUCCACUCGGGCAGGAGAUGCUUGA